GAGUCGGGAGAGAGAAGUGGCGUCUGUUUACGGCCACUUUUACCACCACAUAAUACUCGAGGGUGACGGAUUUGUAAGAAAUAUAGCUUGCUGUACUUCCUACAUAGUCCGCCGUGAGAUUUCAGAGGCUAUUUACAUAUUUUUCUUUUGACGAAAGGCUUCAACAACCGAGCCUGAAGAAGUCGGUCUAAGGCUUCUUGGAGCAUCGUGCGCCGAGGUGAAUUGAUGUUCAGCUCGGCUCCACGAGAAAACAACGCUCAUUGGCACAUGAAAACCUCAGACCUUGCUGGACACAAACGUGCAGCGAGAAGUAGACAGAAAACUACUUCGAGGACCUGGGGCCCGAUUGGAGGUGAAAGAUUGAAGAGAGAUCUCUGCUUCAUCAACUUUCUGACAACAAAGAGGUGACACAUAGUGCAAAAGCAGUAUGGGAGGUGGAGAGAGGUACAACAUUCCAGUUUCCCACCCUGAGCGCCCUUUGCCCAAGAAGAACCAUCAACUUGGCCGGGCUAAGCAGAGAAGCCGUGACCAGAACGGAGCAGCAGCAUCUGCAGGAGGGGCAGGGAGCCUUCACCAUCAUGGCCACCGCCGGAGUGACAAAGGCGCAGCCUACCAUAGGUCUCCAGAGGCGCGGCAGGCCGCGUCUGCAGAGAAGAAUGCUUCUGUCCGUUUUGCCACCAACUAUGAUCAGAACUGGGAGGGUGCAGUGUCUCACCUCAACACGCUCCUGGCCACCCAGGGAAGUCCGAGCUACGCAGGGCCUAAGUUCAGUGAGCCACCCUCGCCCAGCGUUUUGCCCAAACCCCCCAGUCACUGGGUGUCCUUCCCAAUGGGCUCCUGCGACAACAGGGAGAUGAUGGCCUUCCAGCUCAAGAGCCUCCUCAAAGUGCAGGCCUAAGAGGGAUACCCACACUUGAUAGUAAAAAAAAAAAAAAAAAGCCAAUGCACGAACUGGGACUCUAUUGAAGGCACCCACCCACCAGGAACACUGCAGUGCUGUAAUACUUUUAGCUGUUUUUUAGAUUGACUACCUUAAGGGUUAGGAGGCAUUUGCAGCGAUAUGUUGCUUCUGAUUUUUAUACCCUUUUUUAAAACCAAUAUUUCAAAAUAUUACAGCCCUGCAGCCUUGUUGGUCGGUGAUGCCUUUAAUGGAGUCUGUGAUGAAUGACAAACUGGAUAUCCUUUGUACUUUUGUUUUGUUCUUUUUAAUGUUGGCUGUCAAAGCAGAUUGAGUGUGUUUUUCUUUUCCAAACAAGGGUUAUAGUAUAGGUCAGGUAAGUUCCCAUCACUUUUACAGUCCAUUUGUUUGGACAGACUAGCCUUUUUAUUUACAUAAGUUUCAUGACAGCCUUUGGAGUCACUUCUGAAGCUUCAGGUGCUAAAGCAAACUCACAUUUGUAGCAUUUUAUGAAAAGGGCCCACCACUCUUAUGUGUUAUGUUCCUUGUUUGGGUCAGAAAAGACAUUCAACUGCAAUUCUGCAGGGAAAAAAGCUAUCUUACUGUAGAUAAUAAGCUGUAGUCAGUAAGUACAGGUCAAAAGUAUAACCUCAAACUGAAGGGUAAUAAGAGACCAUGGCACACGGGUCUUGGCUUGUCAACUCCUGUACCUUUUUUUUAUUGCGCUGUGCGCACAUGCACUAUAGGAGUUGCACUUGUCUAAGGCCCACAACACUCUAUCAAAGCAUUAUUUUGUACAAGUCCUUUUUUGUUGUGGUUGAAACAUGUAUGAAGUGCUGUGUGUAACCAAAGCAAUGUUUUUGCAGUAAUUUUUUCUUUCUUACUUUAGACAUCCUCUAUGUGUGGUUGGCAUUGCCACUUUGACCAUGCCAGCCAAAGAGGUGAAUGGGUUAGAGUCCCCAGGGUUACCUUUUUAACUGUCCAAUCAGCACUGUUAUUGCUCCCCAGUUUCUGCCUAUUAAAGACAGUGCUGCAGCUUGAACAUGCGGAAGAGGGCCAAGCUUAGAUGUGGGGCAAUUGAGUUUCACUUUCUAAGACACAUGACAUGGUCCUGUUUGCUGCGAGCACUUGUAAGCAAGGUAAGGCAGAGCUGAGGAAGGUUUCUGAAGUGAAGUGGCCCAAGGGACUCAACAUGAGGCAGGAGGCUGGUGUUUGUGUUUACAAAAUAGGUCUGUUUGACCACACCAUAAUCAACAGGCACCUGUGGCCUCUUGUCUCUGCCUCUUGUUUACCCUCUUGCACUGCAAUCAAAUUUUUUUUCAUAAGUUACAGACCAGGAUGCUAUUGAAAUGGAGGCGUAAAUGACUAUCUCCCUAUGGAUUCUCUAUUUUUGUGAUUCAGUCCUCUAUUGAGGCACUAUUUGCUUUCCCUUUGCAGAAUUGGAGCUGUAUAUGGCCAUCCUAAAGAUGACAAAACAAAGUAUGAGCUUGUUAGUGAGUUCAAGAGCCAUGUAAAUAAUGAAAUGUAUAAAGUACUUGUAGCAUAUGUACAUUUGCAGACCAAGUUUGAGGCCUGCCUGACAAAAGUAUUUUUAGUAAUAACACUGAAUGUAUAAGACAUGCUAAGGACAUGUCUUGACUUCAAUACUGAAGAAUAUUUUUGUUAAAAAAAUCUGCCUAUAGCAUUUGUCAGUACCCUGCACUGUUAUCUUUCCAGAGAUCUUGCACAUGUUUUUUAUUGUUUUGUAUUAUGCAGUGUAGGGUGAAAGAUGCUAAGUGCAAAUUAAGACUGCAACAAAUAUCAAUUGGAUCUGAGGAGACUUGCAUAUGUAUGCAUUUGAGUUCUGAAUGUGCUUUCAGUAGGUAAGCCUGAUGCUUUUAAUCUUGAGUUGACCUGUUUGUGCCUAAGUUGAAACCAUGACAAAAUUAUUUUCAUUAGGUGGCAAUGCCACAAAUUGACCAAAUGUUUUUAUCAGAACCACUUUCAAUUCUCUGCUGUUCUUCCGCCAGCUGACAAUUGAAUUUGGCCCCAUGCUGUUUAAGUAUUACCUUCUAUUGGUUGUUCAUGUAGAUUUUCUUUCCUGCCCUGAUUGAGCCAUGCAUAGCAGAGUCUCCUUAUUCUAAAUUUGUAAACUAAACUUGUAAUGAAUUGGCUAUGAAUUUGUCCCCCUGAUACAAUGUCACGAAGAAAUGGAAAAGUAAUAUGCCCCGUUUUAAAGAUUGGUAUGAAUUGUAAAAAAAGCAAAUUUCUCUGAAUUUGAUGACAAAAAAAAUAAACCCCUUCCCCCUCCCCCCA